GAUUGUGUCGUGGACCGCGCUGCUGCUGAUCAUUGGUGGUGCCAAUCCAUCAUCACAUGAUGCAAGUCACAAUCUUUUCAUGAAAUUAAAAAGAAUGGGUUUGUUACCAACCCCAAUCAAUUUUAAGCUCUAUUCUUUUCUUCCAUGGACGCUAAACUUCCCCCAUUCGAUUCAUAUUCGGCAGCAUUACAGCAACCUCUCGUGCUUGGCACCGCCCUUGUCAGUACCGGUGUAUUAGUUGCAUGGUAUGCCGUAUGGCACGUCAAGGGCUGGGCCACCUCCGACAAGCAAAGAGCUUAUGUCCUCAGCCUACUCAGUAGUUCAGUUACCACCCUUGGUUCCAUACCACUCAUUCGUGAAGUAUCACAGAAUGGUUGGGACUUGGAAGCUAUCAUACAGGAGCGAUGGUGGACAGUUGUAUUAUCCACUUUCUUCGCCACCUUCCUGUUCCUGGAUCUGGCUAUCGGAGUAGCCUUUUAUCGCAAGCGUAUAGACCCUUUGACGGGUUGGAUUCAUCACACAGUCUACAUGUUCACCUUAGCUUGGGUCCUCAAGAAUCGAUUGGCUUCGCUAUUUAUCACCAUGUGCAGCCUGGAAGCCCCGACAUUCCUUCUUGCCCUCGGUUCGAUUGACUCUAAACUCAGACAUGAUUAUACCUUUGCAUUGUUCUUCGUCAGCACGAGGAUACUGUUCCAUGCCUAUAUGAUUUUUGCUACCUAUCAAUGCCCAUCAAUUACUACUGGAACGACCGUCGCAUUAUGUGUAUUUUUCCCAUUGCAUUGUUAUUGGUUUUAUGGGUUUAUCCGACAACAAAUCCGUCUGAGCAAGAAGCGAAAGGAAAAUCCAGUGGUAAAGACAGAAAAGAGAGAGCCUGUGAACUUCCGGGCUGAAGUAGCAGUGCCACCAGAAUUUACUUCACCCUCGACCCGAGUUGCUGCUCGUCUUAGUAUGCCACGUUUAAGUAAAGAAGAUCAGCUGAGACUUCGACGGCGUCUUGCUGACUUGACUGCUCGUCCACUUCUGAACCACAUGCCUGAUCGGUUCCGCAACGCUUCUAUUGAUCAUAUGGUCGAUCGCUUUGCCGGCUCUAGCAAUGUGGCGGUACCAGCCUAUUAAUACCAUUCAACAACCUCUUUGUAGUAUAGUCAUUUCCAUUAGUAACACGAUCAACCGACCGACCCUUCACCAGAAUAAUAAACAUACCUAUCCCUCACAGCAGA